CUUGAUCACAAAGUUGUGAUUUGCGUUCAUAAUCGCACGUGUGAAAACCGUAUGUAUUAAAAAUGAGUGAAAAAGCAGUCUCAGAGCAACCGAUCGAGUUGGAAUAUAAGAAAACUGGUAUAAACCCUGAUGAAAUCACACUUCUGAGGCGAUGGCUGGACACACAACCUCAUCUACCCUCGAAAUAUAUUUCAGACCUGGACUUGCUACUCUGCUACUACAGUUGCUACCGAAGCACGGCCGUCACGAAGCAAGUGAUCGACCUCCAUUACACAUUGAAGACACUUUUUACUAACUUCUUCAAGGAUAGAGUUGUUGAUGACAAGAUAAUUACGGCUUUAAAUACUGUAUUGAUCCUACCUCUACAGACACUAUCACAUGACGGGUAUACAGUGGUCUACCAUCGAGUGAUCGACACUGAUACUAAGAAUUUUGUGUUCCGAUACAUUAUUAAGGCAGCCCUAAUGUUAAUGGAUGUCAGACAAUAUGAAAUAGGAACAGUUCCGGGAAUGAUACUAGUCGUAGACAUGAAUGGUGUCACCUUGAGUCAUCUUGGAAAAUUAGAUUUGCUCACGUUACAGCAGUUUUUGUAUUAUUUACAGGAAGCAAUGCUAGUAAGACUAAAAGGCAUACACUUUAUGAAUGCCCCUUCCUUCGUUGACAAACUGCUUAUGCUAAUUCGGCCAUUUUUAAAAAAGGAGUUGAUGGAUAUUCUAUACAUACACCAAAUCGGGUCCAAAUCGGUAGAAAAGUUUUUCCCCAUUGAAGCUUUGCCUAAAGAAUCUGGUGGACAGUAUGUGAGCGUGUAUGACGCGAUGCAGGAAAAUGUCGAAAGACUACAAGCAAACACACAUUACUUCAACAUAGAGGCGAAAAAGCGAGUGAUAGAAGCAGAGAGACCGGGAAAGCCUAAAACUAUUAAUGAUAUUUUUGGUGGAGUUGAAGGUUCCUUUAAAAAAUUGGAAAUUGAUUAAUUAUUUAUUAGUAGUAAUGUAAUAGAAAUAAAUAUAAUGUAUACGAUGUAAAUUGGUGAUGUAAUUCGUAAAAAUAUUGUAUUUUUUGAAUUUUGGAAAAAAAAUGUACAACCGUGGACAAAAAUUGUUGAUUCCUGACCAUUUCCUGACCGUUGAUUCCUCUAGGUAUAAUAUGAUUCAAAGGUUACUUAUUGUUUUUUUUUUUCAAUUAUUAUUAUGAGACUAUGACAUGUGACAAGAUAUACAGGUAUCACAAUAAGCUUCCUAGAUAAGUGGGAAAAUAGAAAAAAAGAAUUGGUACAAAUAUGGAAUAACCAAUUUUAGGUACACUAUCAUUUACUAGCUUUUUGCCCGCGACUUCACUCGCUUUGUCAAUACCUAAUAAAUUAUAUGCUUAAAACUUCCUCUUGAAUCA